AGUUGAGGUUGGAUGCGCGGCGCGGUCUCUCAGCAGAGUAGACUUGGAGAACAGCCUUUUUUGAUGAUUGCAAACCGCUUCAGUUGUGUUCGCGACUCCGGCUCGAGCAGAAGAUAGCAUCCAUCUGCCGCCGAAAGUUACUUCUCUCUCGGCCACAUUUCGUGAUCAUACAUAAAAACAAUCGUCUUUCUCACUCUAAUAGUUCAUACUCUACAUACCGUGAUUGAAAUUAUAUUUACAUUAUUCACUUCAGCUUGAAAAAACGUUCAUGAUUGAAAUGACUUGAAGCCGCGUAUCUUCGUGUGAUUAUCAUUAUUUGUAUUUAGAACAUUAUAUUGUUGAUCGUCGGCAAAAUAAUUGGAGUGGAUUCAAGUUUAAAAAUUUAUUAUUUUUUAUACUUCCAAACAGUUUUCCGCCAGCAUGACUCAACAGCAGAAUGGAGAUGCUACAGACAAACAGGCCAAACAGCAGAGCGAGCAUGAGGACUUGGUGCAGAAAUCGAUGGGUGAUUUCGGACCCUGGCAGGUGUGGAUCUGUCUGUUCCUCUCAAUAGUGAAGAUCCCGGUCGCCUGGUGUCAGCUGGGCAUUGUCUUCCUCGCGGCUCCCAUGCACUUUCAAUGUGCAACCUCGGCGAAUGCAACCGAGUACGAUGCCAGCGAUAGCACGUGGAAUGAGGCAUGCUACACCGCCGAUCAUCAACCUUGCAACAGGUGGCUGUAUGAUCGGUCUGUGUUCCGGGAGACUAUCAUAUCCGAGUGGGAUCUAGUUUGCGAUCGAAAGCAACUAGCCAACGUGGCGCAAAUGAUUCUCAUGAUUGGAAUUCUCGUUGGAAAUCUAUCAUUCAGCAUAGCAGCUGACAGGUUCGGUAGGAAGUCUCCAGUGAUAUUCGCUGGUGUGAUGCAGAUGAUUACCGGAGUAGCGACUGCUAUGAUGCCCUGGCUCAGUGCUUUCUUCUUAUUCCGCUUUUUACAAGCGGUGGCGGUUGGAGGAACAAUGACUGUCAGCUUUGUGCUGUGUAUGGAAUUUCUGGGAGGAAAGUGGAGAACCAUUAUUUCGUCACUGACACAUGUUCCAUUCAAUAUUGGUCAAAUGACAAUGGUUGUUAUAGCUUACUAUACUCGAGAUUGGAGACUAUAUCAGUUGGCAGUCUCCCUACCGUGUGUCCUUUUCAUCUUCUACAUUUGGCUUAUCCCAGAAAGUCCUCGCUGGCUUUUGGCAGUCGGUAAGAACAAGCAAGCGUUGGAAAUUUUGGAGGUUGCUGCGAGGAAAAAUAAAAAUCCGUUGCCUUCUCUCCCAGAUCUUGGAAACGGAAAAAAGAAGAAAGAAUCAAAGGAUGAAAACAACCUUGAAAAUAAAGUUGGAAUUCUGGAUUUGGUUCGCACCCCCAAUAUGAGGAAAAGAACGUUUGCCGUUUGCUUUGAUUGGGCCGCUUGUGGAUUGUGCUUCUAUGGUCUAACACAGUAUGUCAGCCAUGUUGGAGGCAACAUAUUUCUCAACGUUGCAAUAUCAGGUUCUUUGGUAGUUCCAGGAAUGUUAUUAUCCAUUUAUUGUAUGGAGAGCUUGGGCCGAAGGAUGACCUUAGCUGGAGGUCAAAGUAUGUCGGCACUCGCUUGCUUAUUGCUCAUGCUCUGCCAUAAUUAUGAAUCAUCAGACCUGGCCUGGUCAGAGGUAUUGUUCGGUUCGAUCGGGAUUCUGGGAUGUGGCAUUUCGUUUCCAACGCUGUACUUGUUCACCGGAGAGUUCUACCCAACGGUGAUCAGGAACAUUGGCGUGGGCACAGGCUCGCUGUGCGCCCGGAUUGGAUCUAUGGUGGCGCCGUUUGUUGCUUCUCUGAAUACAAUACAUCCCCUGCUUCCACCUCUGGCAUUCGCGGCAAUAUCACUGAUUGGGGCUGCUGUUGGACUUUGCCUGCCUGAAACUCACAACUGCGACCUUCCACAAACAAUCGAAGAAGGCGAGAACUUUGGAAUAAAACACAAGAAAGAAUUGACGAAUGGAACUGGUAAUCCCGCAUUCACCAAUGACGAAUCGGUCUACUGAUAGAUUGCAAUCCAAUUUAGACAAUUGGAGAAAGUUUGGACCUAUUAGGGCUUUUGGCUGUGAAAAAACUCAAUUGUUUAUCAUGAUACAAUAUCAUGCAUUGAUAUUGUAUAAUAUAUGUAUGCAGUAUUAUUUUUGCCUUUGAUUAUGUAAUUUUAUAUAGAUAGAAGGAAAACUCUACGUAAUUGUUCUACAAUAUGAAAGCAUAAAACUUCAUUUUCAUGAAGUACCUUUAGGACGUUCAUUCAUAUAUUUGAAUAUGUUGUACAGUUAAAAGAUACUAAGCUAAGAAUUUACAUUUUUCAAAAAUAUCUUAUUGUAAUCUAUAAAAUUUGUUGCAAGUUGAAAAUAGAAUUAGAAUUUACCAUUUUUGUUUUCAAUAUUCUUAUAAAAAUUAUUGUAAUCUUAAUUACUUUUGCUGAAAUCAAUGUAUUAUUUACAUCAAGUAUGCAAUUGAAAUCAUGAUUUUUAUUUUGAAAAUGUGUUGUCCGCUCUCCUAUUGUUAAAAUUAGUACAUUAUUUAUACCUAGUAAAAGUAACUUAUAGGUAAUUCAUGCUCGAAUAAUGCAUUAUUUUCUACAUCUUUGCUCUUCCUAUCAGAAUAAUAAAAUCAUUCCCAACUUUC